CUCGAUGUGUGAGUAUCGGGGGUCCUCUUUUUACGCAUUAAGCUGGGCAAAAUGGUAGCAGUGUUUGUAAACAAAAUGUAAUCAUAGCAUAACUCGACAAGAAGAUGUACUUGUCUGGCUCAGCAGGAAUAAUAUAAAAACGAGCUACUUAGCUAACUAAAUAUUGAGCGAGGUUUAAAUACGAUGUAUGUUCAGAAGAAAAUGCAAUUGCAUAUUCUAAAGAACUUUCAUGCCAAUAAGAAGACAAAAAGAAGUGAAUAAACUGCCAAACCUUAAAAAGCUACUACAAAAUAUGCAUUUCCCAGCUUGGUAACGCAUGUUGGACUCUAUAAUGGACAGAUCACCUUCUAAAUUAUUCAAUGAUGAUGUCAUUUCUGAAAUCUCUUGCUGCACAGCAUAUAAAAAUUUGUUCAUUCUGGGAUUCUUAUUCUUUUGUAUAUUCACUGGAUUUCAAUCGUUGCAGAAUCUUCAGAGCAGUAUUCAUAGUGAUGCUAACUUGGGUUUUGGUUCUCUUUCAGUUGUUUACAUGUCUCUUGUAUGUUCCUGCUUGUUUGUGUCUCCAUCAUUGAUUAACAAAUUUGGAUGUAAAUACACGAUCGUGUUUAGCACAAUUGGAUACAUCAGUUAUACGACUGCACAUUUUUAUCCAACAUCAUGGUCUUUAAUUCCUGUGUCAGUUUUACUAGGUCUUUGUGCUGCACCAUUAUGGACAGCUAAAGCAACAUACAUUUCAACAACUGCAAGAAAUUAUUCCAAAUCAUCUGGUCUUUCAGUUGACGCAGUUAUGACCAAUUUUUUCGGCAUCUUUUUCACUAUGUUUCAAUGCAGUCAAGUUGUUGGGAAUAGUAUUUCGUCAAUUGUGUUGAAGCCUUGCUUAGCUAGCUACAAACCACAUAACACCAGUUAUGCUUGUGGUGCAUCGUUUUGUCCCUCAACUGUCAUUCCUUCUGUCAAGCAACAAACAAACCAUUCAACCGUAGUUAAUUUGAUGAUAAUAUACUUGCUGUUUGGAAUAUCUGGUGCCGUGAUAGCGUUGAUGUUCCUAGAUGAAGUGAAAGUUAAAGAAAAAUACAAACAUGGUGGAUGUACGGCAUCUCUGAUUUUAACUUUUCAAAGUUUUAGAGACUGGAGAAUGAUUUUCUUAUUACCUCUUAAUAUGUACAGUGGCUUGUCGAUUGGAUUUAUAUUUGGUGAUUUUACGAAGGCUUAUAUCACCUGCGCAGUUGGUAUUCAAAAGAUUGGUUUUGUUAUGAUUGCCUUUGGAAUUAGCAAUGCAGUUUCAUCACUUUUUGUUGCAUCAUUUGCAAAAUGGCUUCCUCGCUACUUGAUGAUUUUAUUUGUAGCGAUCUUCCAGUCAUGUUUGAUUAUGUGGUUGUAUCUAUGGAAUCCACUGGAUUCCCCUCUCAGUUUGUUUUUUCUCAGUGUUGCUAUGUGGGGCACGGCAGAUGCAAUAUGGCAGACACAGGUGCAUGCUUUCUAUGGUAUCCUGUUUUACUCCAAACAAGAAAUUGCAUACUCAGUUUACAAGUUAUUCCAAUCACUUGGCUUUGUUGUUACGUUCGCCUAUGGAAAUAUAUUAUGCGUCUCUACUAAACUUUAUAUUCUGCAGUUUGUACUUAUAUUCGGUGUCCUGUUAUAUGGAAUCGUGGAGUAUGCAGAAAGAAAGAAAAACUUAAAUAAUUCCAUUCUUGAGUCAAAGAAAUAAAUGCUGUUACUGAAAAUGGGAGAAACUUAGGCGAGAAAAAAGUUUUGAGGGAAAAAAAAACGCGAAAAUUAGGGACUAAACUUUUGAAAAAGACCAUAUUUUUGCGAAUUUGUGUGAAAAUAAUUAGGUAGUAGACUCCACAAUUAUCUCUAAUUUAUCAAAAAACCUCCCGAGAUUUUUUUGAAAUAAGAAUGCUGCAAAACAUAAUUUUUUUUGAGAAGUUUCAAAAAUUGCGAAACUUUUGAAAAUUUGUUUAUAAAUUUUGUAUUUUGGACAUUCACUGAAAUAAUUAUUGCGAAAUUCAUUGGAACUAUCCAUUCGCAAAAUAAAAUUCUAGAAAAAUCUAACAAAUUUCAAAAUUUUGAUUUGCCAAAUUAAUUUCUUCCAAAAAUAUGUGACGUAUACUCUGGUAAUCAUUUUGGAAGAUUUAGAAUUAAAUAUUUAAUUUCAUAUAUAAAAUAUAUGUUUGUACAGAGAAUAUAUUUUUGUAAUUUUGUAGUAUAGACAUUUCCCAUACUCACCAAACUAACAAAAUCUUACCCUCAA